AUGCCCGCGGGUCUCACGGAGCCGCCGGGCGCCGCGCCUCCCGCGGCCGUCAGCAACUCGGGCGCAGUGACCAUGGCCCCCGUUCUCGUGGAGAGCGCCCCGGUGGCCCUGGGCGCCGUGACCAAGGCUCCGCUGAGUGUCUGCACGGAGUCCUUGGCGUCCCAGCCCCUGCCCCCUCCAGUGGGGACCUUAGUAAGUAAAGUGGCUCCUGUCAGUGCCCUUCCGAAACUCAGCCCCGGUGGUCCUGCGCUGUCGGCUCCGCAGAUAGUCACCGUGAAAGCCCCCAGCACCACCACCAUCCAGUUACCAGCGAACGUGCAGCUUCCUCCAGGUACAGUUUUUAUCAAAAGUAACAAUGGUCAAUUGAUGUUGGUAUCACCUCAGCAAGCUGUAACAAGAGCUGAGACCACAAACAACAUAACCUCAAGGCCAACAGUACCAGUAAAUACUCAAACAGUCAAAAUCUGUGCAAUGCCGAAUUCUAGCUCACAAAUAAUAAAGAACGUGGCAGUAGCACCUGUUAAAAAAUUGUCACAGAUAGGAACUACUGUGACAACCACGGUUCUGAACUCUUCCUCAGUACAAUCUGUGGCUGUGCCUACCAAUGUUGUCACAGUUAAUCCUGCGAAUCUGGUGAAUGCUAUAACUACUUUGAAGCCUUCAAGUUUGGGAGUAUCAUCUGUCCCAUCAAAUGAACCUAGUCUCAAAGCAGAGAACUCAGCAGCUACUCAGAUUACUCUUUCUCCAGCAAUGCUAGAAAAUGUGAAGAAAUGCAAAAACUUCCUUGCAAUGUUAAUAAAACUAGCAUGUAGUGGCUCUCACUCUCCAGAUAUGGGGCAGAACGUGAAGAAGCUAGUGGAAGAACUUUUGGAUGCAAAAAUUGAAGCAGAAGAAUUCACUAGGAAACUAUAUGUUGAACUCAAGUCUUCACCUCAGCCUCACCUUGUUCCUUUUCUUAAGAAAAGUGUAGUUCCCUUACGACAGCUUCUGCCUAACUCCCGGAGCUUUAUUGAGCAGUGUGUUCAGCAGACUUCUGGUGAGGUUGUCAUUGCUACCUGUACCACAGCAGCAACAACUUCUCCUGUGAUGACAACCACAGUAUCCUCAGUCCAGUCGGAACAGUCCAUCAUUGUUUCUGGAGCAACAGCACCUAGAACUGUUUCUGUGCAAACUCUGAAUUCACUUGCUGGUCCAGGUGGAACAAAAGCUGGAGUGGUGACAGUCCGUUCUGUGGGUCCAGCCACUGCCACUGUAGGAUCAACAGCUGGAACUGUUUUGCUUCAGACUUCAAAACCACUUGUGACACCAAUACCAAAUACAGUAACAACCGUCUCACUUCAGCCUGAGAAGCCAGUUGUUUCAGGUACAGCAGUAACUUUGGCUCUCCCAUCUGUGACUUUUGGAGAAACUUCAGCUGCAGCAUUUUGUCUUCCAUCUGUGAAACCUGUAGUAACUUCUGCUGGGACCACACCUGAUAAGCCUGUUAUUGGUGCCCCAGUUCAAAUCAAAAUUGCCCCUCCAGGACCUGUCCUUUCACAGCCCACCGGUAUUCCGCAAGCAGUUAAAGUGAAGCAGCUAGUAGUCCAGCAGCCUUCAGGAAGCCUCGCUAAACAAGUGACCAAAAUUUCCCAUCCCACAGCAUUGACCAUUCAGAAACCAGGACAGAAGAAGAUGCCAGUGAACACCGUAAUGCCUACUACUUCCAUUUUAAAGCAAAUUACUCUGCCUGGAAAUAAAAUUCUAUCGCUUCAAGCAUCUUCUAGUCAAAAAAACAAAAUGAGAGAAAAUGGGACCGUAUGCUUCAGAGAUGAAGAUGACAUCAAUGAUGUACCUUCCAUGGCAGGAGUCAACCUCAGUGAAGAAAAUGCUUGUAUCUUAGCAACAAACUCUGAAGUGGUUGGUACACUCAUUCAUUCAUGUAAAGAUGAACCAUUUCUUUUCAUUGGAGCCCUUCAGAAGAAAAUUUUAGACAUUGGUAAAAAGCAUGACAUUACAGAAUUUAAUUCUGAUGCUGUGAAUUUGAUCUCCCAUGCAACACAGGAGAGAUUACGAGGCCUUCUAGAAAAACUGACUACAAUUGCUCAGCAUCGAAUGACUACUUAUAAGGCAAGUGAAAAUUACAUCCUGUCUAGUGAUACCAGGUCACAGCUCAAAUUUCUUGAAAAGCUGGAUCAAUUGGAGAAACAGAGAAAGGAUUUAGAAGAAAGGGAAAUAUUACUUAAGGCAGCCAAGAGUCGUUCCAAUAAAGAAGAUCCAGAACAGCUGAGAUUAAAGCAGAAAGCCAAAGAGUUACAGCAAUUGGAGCUUGCUCAGAUCCAGCACAGAGAUGCUAAUCUUACAGCUCUUGCAGCUAUUGGACCACGGAAGAAAAGACCACUAGAAUCCGGAAGUGAGGGCUUAAAAGAUGGCCUUACUUCUGGGACAUCCAGCCUGACAGCUAACAAACUGUUGCUUCGUCCAAGAAUCACAAGAAUCUGCCUCAGGGACUUGAUAUUCUGUAUGGAACAAGAAAGAGAGAUGAAGUAUUCUCAAGCCCUAUACCUUGCCCUUCUGAAGUGACCACUCUACUCCAUCCAGAGCCUUGCUGUUUACUGCCAAAGAAGACACAAAAACAGUGUCCUACUGGCCUGAAAUCUCAUUUCUGGAAAUAGUAACAUGGAAGACUAUUGUUUACAGUUAGACACUUUUAUCAGGUUUUAGCCUAUACAGCUCCUGGGGUUCUUACAGUCUAGAUUCAUUUUCUGAAAAUCAGUCAUGAAGUAUACUUUACACAGUAGCACUUGUGCUUAAUUGUAGCAGGAUAGGACUGUGUUGGUUACUGUCUGUUUCCUGUGCCAAACUGUAACAGUGAAUUGUCUUUCCCUAAUUCCGUCUGCAUUGACAAGAUGCACGGGUAAAGGAAAAGUUCUUAUUUACCAAGAUAACUAUAUUUCAUCCUAUAUUGAAUUUGUCUCAAAUUAGUAAGCUUUUUGGUCUAGAAUCAGAAGUUAUUUUGCUAACUAAAUGGCAAUCACCUUCUGUAGUUGAAGGUGACAGGCCACAGAAUAGAUCCUGUGGUAACUUGUUGGGCUGAGCUCCAGCAUUGUUAAAAUGAGACCAGAGGAGACUGUGUAUGCCUGAGGGUGCUAGUUCUCUGGCUCACAUCACCAUGCACUAUUUCUGACACCCAAGUGAGGGACAUUCCUGUCAGGGAAACCUGCUUAAAUACCUCAUUGAAAAUUAAAAAGGAAGAAAGUACUAGAAGGAAUGAUGAGGCAUGGCAUUCAAAUUGAUGAGGGGAAAAUGAUGAUGGAAUCAUAAAACAGGAAAUGUCCUGCUUAUGUCUAAGGGGGUUAAGGGGUGCACAUGGAACUCCAAAACAACUCUCAUAGGUUUUGACAGAAAUCACAACCUAACCAGAAAGGAAAAUUUUCUAAUGACAAGAUUGCAAAAGGAAGGUUUGUUGUUGUUGUUUCAUACUGUUUUAAAUUCCAAGAAGGUUCAUCUUUGUAGUUCAUUUUCCUGUAAAAUUUUAAACCUAGGUCUUCCUUUUGGAUUCAGUACUUUUAAAAGGUACUAUCAGCAUCUUUCAUUAGAUAUUGGCUCAAUAUGAGAAGCAUGUUAUAAUGUACCCCUUCAAGGAAGAAGCUGAUAUUCAAAGCAAGCCUAUUCUUUCUUUUUUCUUUAAAAUUUCACAUGUGCAGAUUGUAGCUGGUAAAAAUAAUAGUAAUCAUUAGGAUCACAUACAGAAAGAAUGUGUAAAUCCUCUAAGAAGCUUGAGUGAAAGAGAAAUGCUGUGUUUCUUAGAAAAGAGAUAAAGGAGGAAAAAACAACUUCAAGUGUGUCAUAUUCUUCAUCCUGUUCUUCCUAUUGGGACUGUUAGGGCCAUAUCCUAUGCAACAGUAAGAUUUAAAUUGGCCACAGUUUUUGUUUCCACAAGUUAUUAUGUAAGAUGCUAUAAAUUAUGUGUAUGUUAAAAGAGUACUUUAAGAAGAGAUCUAUCCAAAGUCAUUUUUAUAUAUUUAAGCCCUUAGCUUUAUUUUUUGUAAAAUACAGCAUAUUCCCACAUUUGUGUAUAUGUUAUCAAUCAAAGAUGUUUAAAAUUACUUCAAAAACUUCAUUAAAAUAAUUAUUUUAUUAUAAGAACAACUGUGCUUUAGUAACUGACUUUGCAAACCGGUUUUCAUUGGUGGUCAAUGAAAGUCUCACCUGAAAAUCUCCAUCUAUCUGUUGGGCAGUGGAUUUGCUGUGCCCAGAUUGUUGUUUAUUUUGCAGUGUCAGCAUGUGAGUUCCAAAUCCAAGUUUCAAAUCCAAGUUUCCGUAUCAUUUUGUUUGAAGCAGCUGGUAUUGGAUUUGCAAAGAAAUCUAAAUUUAUUCAUUACAAAGGCUUUUCUUGGCCCAUGAAGGUUCUCUAAGGUACUGUUUUUCACAUUUUAAUUUGUAAUAUGCACUUUAAACUUUGUGUGGUAAAGUAUGUCUUACACAGAGAAGAACAAAUAAGCCUACUUUACAAAAUGGAAGCCUUGGGGUAUGUGUGAUCUACAGAUGUUCUUUUUUUCUAAAUUAUAAAAGUGAUAUA